UCCAUGAACCUCCCCGACGACACAAAGUAGGUCAAGCCGCUGGUGACAGCCGAGCGACACUCUUAACCAGUUGCACAGUUGACAGCGUCCCAGGCAGAAUGACACUGUCAAGGUAGAAGACCGGUCACUUGACGGUGGGAAAAGAGCUGAUUUCAAGUCCAUGUUGUGACGCUUAGUAUCGAGGGGAGAGAAGGAACAGCAAAAUAUCGUAUUAGAUUCCAUUUUAAUACGGUGAACUAGUUACAUGAGUUGUAUACUACCUGGCCUGGCCUGUUGUAAAUGUGAUUUUCAUAUUUUGCUGCAAACGUUAGCCGGGCGCAUUAAGCACGUAGUUUGCUUAAUCACACUGCUAUUUUUACACUCAUUACAGGCGGUGAUUCGCCUUCUAUGAAUAGCUCGAAGGCUCCAAUUAGGUAUAUUUUGCGAGGAGGCAUGUUUUGACAAGUGAUAGAACUCUCGCAGGAAGAGCGGCUUUUGGACGUUGAAAUGCUAUGGACAUGAUGAAGAUGUUAUGAUGGAGGUUAAAUUAUAACACAGGAUUGUUUUUAUAUUAUAAUUACCGUGGAAAUGGCGUCUGCGAAAGUAAAGGGCAAGCUUAAAAAGACUGGUUCUAUAAAACGGAAAGAACCGCCGCCCUCAGAAGAGGAUAGCAAAUACAAACUGGCCGAGUUUGAGUUGCUUUCUACACUAGGCACUGGAACAUUUGGUCGUGUGGUGUUAACAAGACACAAAGAAACCAAGGAGUAUUUUGCUCUGAAGAUCAUGACAAUAUCAGAGGUCAUCCGACUGAAACAAGUGGAACAUGUCAGGAACGAGAAAGCCAUCCUUAAGACUAUCAAUCAUCCGUUCAUCGUCAACAUGUUGUGGGCACACCAUGAUGAAACCUUCCUGUAUAUGCUCCUGGAAUACGUUCCCGGUGGAGAACUGUUUUCAUAUCUAAGAAACGCUGGACGUUUUAAUACUGCCACAGGCAACUUUUAUGCAGCAGAAAUCAUUAGUGCGCUGGAUUAUUUGCACGGAUCAGGGAUAGUUUACAGAGACUUAAAGCCAGAGAACUUGUUGUUGGACAGAGAGGGGCAUCUGAAGAUUACAGAUUUUGGAUUUGCCAAGAAGCUAUCAGACAGAACAUGGACGCUGUGCGGCACACCAGAAUAUUUAGCGCCAGAGAUCAUUCAAAGUAAAGGACACAAUAAGGCUGUUGACUGGUGGGCCCUGGGUAUUCUAAUAUAUGAGAUGUUGGUAGGCUAUCCUCCUUUCUUUGAUGACGUCCCAUUCCAAAUCUAUGAGAAGAUCCUGGCAGGGAAGAUAGACUGGCCAAAACAUCUAGACCUCAUUGCCAAAGACCUGAUAAAAAAGCUGCUAGUUGCAGAUAGAACUAGAAGACUGGGCAAUAUGAAGAAUGGUGCUGAAGAUGUGAAGAAUCACAAGUGGUUCAAAUCACUGAAUUGGGAAGAAGUGGCUCUGAGAAAACUCAAGCCCUCUAUUGUGCCUCAAAUAGGAGACCCUGGCGACAGGGAGUGCUUUGCUGAUUUUGGCGAGGACCCGUUCUGGGAGUCUGCCAAGCCUGUCAACGCAGAUGAAUAUUUGAAAUUCAAAGGCUUUUGAUAUCGCAUACUUAUUGUCUGUUACCUUGCCUCCUCACACUGAAGAGUUUCUGUUUCCUACCUUCUAAAAAUGGAGAACUCUAAUGCCUCUAUGCCAGUUUCUGACUGCACAAGCACUGUUCCUCUUCUAAAGAAACUAUUUCCAGUUGUAGCAUCUAUCAUGCCUACUCUUUUGCCUUUCACUUACUACUAUUAUAACUGAAUGGCCUGGCACCAAUGGGACACUUGCAUAAAAUAGUGUUUUUAGUUUUUAUGACUCUUUCAUUAUUGAAAAAUGUCAUGCCAGUUGUAAGACAAUCAUUGAGAUAAAAACCAACUGACAGUAGCAGCAAAUUAAGAUUAAUGAUCGGCUAUGUGAAAUCUGGGGAUGAAAACUCACAAAUGCUUUAUACUGCAGAUACUGGAGAUAAGCACCUUCUUGUGUAUCCUAAGUGGACUGCCUUAUAGUACAUGUAACUAUAUAUAGUAGCAAACUCAGUAUUGAUAUUAUCCGGAUAUUUAUACAUGUAAAAUCACAGUACCGUCAAGUAUACUAGUGUUUGUGUUUCAUUUGGAAUGGCAUGUAUUUUCUAACAUAAUCAUAUAUCAAAUGUUGGUGUGUAUAGACCAUUUGGAAUUGCUACUACAUUAAGGAUUGUUCAAGACAUGUUGCCUUUAACCAAAGAUGAUCUUUUGUUGCAUAAGUAAAAGUACAGUCAAAACAAGUGCCAUAUUUAGUCAGGUCUCGUAUGGGCGAUGAUAUAUUUACAAUACUACAGUUGCUGCAGUCUACAAACCUCACAUGUUUUGAAUGCAUUUUACAUAAUUAUGCAGUAUUAGCUUUAAACUAUUUACUGAUUUGUAACUUCUGAAUAGUAAUUCAGUGAUGUUAUAACCAAAAGUUCAAUUUACAAAUUGAGUUCAGCUAAACUGUUGCAUGUAUUUCUGUGUCAAAUUAUAAUUAGUUGUGCAAUAAAGGAAGAAAGGAGAAGGAGAGAUAAGUUAGAACAUGAGAUCUGUUUUAUGGAUUGUAUCAGUUAUGUUUUUAGUUGAAGAUGUGCUACAUACAAUCUGUUUACGAUACAGAUAUCAUUGAUAUUGCAUAAUGGGAAGAUUGAAUGCUCAUUAAUAAAAAAAAAAUAAUACGCAAGACAUUUAUUUAAUCAUAUCCUGAUUUGUAAAAAAAGUGAACUUUCUGCAGUUUUCAUAGGCAGAAGUCAAUUAAAGUGACUUACAGAAAUGGAUCACAAAACUAUGAAACUUUUGUCUUUAGACAAAAAAAGAUAUCAGUUUGUUUGCUAACAUUGGAGUCAAAAUCAUGCCUGAAGAGAAGGCGAAGAAUGACGUUUUUAGGAACUACCACACAUAAAUAAAGUCAAACUCAUUGCUAAUAAAAGUUGAAAAGAAAUCAAGCAGAUUAAUUUCUACGGCUCCAUAAUUCCACCAGGGUACCUCAAUUCUGCUCCAAAUUUAUCUGAGCAGAUCAAAGUUGACCUUUAAGGCGGACGAGAAGAUGUUUAGACAGGAUGUGUCAGAGCGGCAGGUUUCACUGUCAAGAUUGUUCAAAUGUUUACCUGGAGGUUCUUCCUAGCAUUUUAACACCUUUGUUCACCCUGGAGUGGUCCUGGUCUUCAUUUCUAUGGAACAAUUUAAAACUCAUCAGUUUUUGUACUCUUUUAAUUGAAUUUAUUUAUUUAUUUAUUGCAAUAUUUUCAGAAAUAAGAGCAACAUUCUUUGAAGAGAAAACCUUAUCACAGACUUUAUAUUAUACCAGAUUGGAUAGAUUUUGCUCUGGUGGCAAUGGUUUACCUAAAAAAUCAUGAUCGUAGUAUUUCAUCAUCACACAAAGAUAAAAUCUAAAUGUUGCAGAUUCUUUGGCUUUUGAACAAAGUUAUGGCCAUUUUAGAAUAUUUUACAUUAUAACCAAAUACUUCAAAAUUGUCCAAUAUAUUCUGGAUAGAAAACACACACACUCUGAAAUCAAAGAAAAAAUAUCUAUC